CCCAAACGCUCCUUCCCCCCACCCCUCACGCCCACGCCGCCGCCGAUCUCCUCCUCCGCCCGCAGCUCUCUCUGGAACCGCGCCCCAGCGAGCGACGGGGAGCAGCAGCAGCCACCGCAGCGCCGUGAUAUGGUUUCGAGGACACCCACGAAGCCGUCGCCGUCGCCCAGGCUCGGCGCCGGCGCCGGCACCGUCACCCCGUCGAAGCCGUCGCCGUCGCCCGUGGCGCGCCGCCGCCCUGCCCUCCGCCGCCGCCUGUCCCCGGCCACCACCAAGCGCCGCGGGAGCCCGCUCAAGUCCCUCGCGUCCGCGCCCGCCGCCGUCGCCGCCACCUUCGACCGCUCCCUCCGCUCCUGCCGCCGCCGCCUCCUCAAGCUCUUCGCCCGCCUCGCCGUCCUCGGCUCCCCGCGCAAGCGCCGCGCCGCCGCCGCGGGGUUCCAGCGCCUCCGCUCCCACUCGCCUCCCGCUACUCCUCCUCAUCCGACCUCUCAGAACCCCGCGGUCCGCGCGCAGUCCGCCGCGCUCCCGCCGCCGCCGUCGCCGGGAAGGCGGACGCUGUUCCUCGACCUCGACGAGACGCUCAUCCACUCCCAGACCGACCCGCCACCCGCGCGGUUCGACUUCACCGUGCGCCCCGUCAUCGGCGGCCAGGCCGUCACCUUCUACGUCGCCAAGCGCCCGGGCGUCGAGGCGUUCCUCCGCGCGGCGGCGGAGAGCUUCGAGGUCGUCGUCUUCACCGCGGGGCUCCAGGAGUACGCCUCCCUCGUGCUUGACCGCCUCGACCCCGACGGCGAGGUGUUCGCGCACCGCCUCUACCGCGGCGCGUGCCGCGACGCCGGGGAUGGGAGGCUCGUCAAGGAUCUCGCCGCCACGGGACGGGCGCUGGACCGCGCGGUCAUCGUCGAUGACAACCCCAAUGCCUACGCCCUGCAGCCGGAGAACGCCGUCCCGGUGGCGCCGUUCGUGGACGAUGAUAACGACCAAGAGCUGCAGAGGGUGAUGGCGUUCUUGGAUGUAGCUGCCGAGUACGAAGACACCAGGGAGGCUAUCAGAUAUUACCAGGAUCUCGUCGCGGCAAGCUGAGCCGACGGCCUGCCACCGUGGAGAAGGGUGCCCAUUAUGCAUGCCUAUCACUUCUUGAAGCAAUCUCAGGUUGAAAGAUUGCUCCUUUCUCUCAGAUUGGUGUACUGGUUACUGGGGAAGAGAGAUUUCAGCAGAACAGGAGAUGUGGUAGAGCUUCAUUUUUUCAGGAUCUUCCUGAAUUGGGAUGGGAAUAUAUUAUGGUGUAGUCGGAACUUGAAACCAAAGUGAAAUUGAAAUAGCACAAUGUUGAGAAACUUCGUAAUUUGAAGAGGUACUUUCAUUUGGGAUACAUAAAGGAUGCUACUCCACAUUGAGGAGCUUCGACUGAUGCAAGGAUUCCCCAGUUUUUUGUCAGAUUUGUGCAUUAGUUGGUGUGUAAGUGGAAAUACAGGAGAGUAAUGACUGAUGAGCAUUGGUCUUUCAGGAUCUUGCUGAAUUUCGGAUGUGUGUAUGUUCCAAAAUUAUGGCAUUACUACAACUGUUUCAUUUCUCUGCAGAAACAUUUUAGUAUAUCUGCAAAACAAAAGUUUCUGCAGAAACUGUUAA